AUGGAAUCAGACAUUAAACCUGUUUUAAGUUUAAAUGCAACAGUUUUAAAACGUAUGGAGCCAAUUAUAUCCAAACUUCCUAGUGAUCCCUUUGAAAUCGCUGCUGUUGCUCAAUCAAAUGGUGAAAAUGUCCAAAGACUAUCUUGCUGUAUUAAAUUAAUCAGAAUGUAUUAUAAUGCAAUUCCACAGUUAGUUAUUUCCGGCAAAACAUCUAAAUAUAUCGAUAAAUUUAAUCAUAAAUUUGAAGAAGAAUUGACAAUUUCAAAACGAAUUGAUCCAAAAAGUAUUACUGCAUUAUUCACAUGCUGUAUGAUUUCUGUUGGAACAGGAGCUAUUAAAAAAUACUUGCAAGCUCCUUCGUCACCAAAUCCAUUUGCUCAAUGUAUGCGAAUCAUUUGCAGAAUCACAUGGUUUUUGCGAUCGAGAUAUAGAUUACUUGAUGAUUUACAUUCACAAAAUAAAAUUGGAAUAUUAAAUAACAGUUUGAGAAUUGCAAAUUUCCGUGAUCUCUGUGCAAGUGGUCAGAGAGCUGCAAUAUUCGCUGCAACAUCUAUACCAAGUAAUGUUGAUCUUAGACUAUUCGCUUACCAUGUUCCAAGAAGAUAUAUUACAGAUUCUGUGAAGAGUUUGUAUGAAGAGUUCAAAAAGAUGCUUUCUGAUGAACGUAGAAACGAACUUGAAGAUCUGGAAGUUCAAGUUGAUCUAUUACUCAAGGCAAAACUAUCUCCAACGUUUUUCUCAGCAAAAUCAAACGUUGAUGACACAAUUUUAGCUUUAUUCCCGUUCGAAGAUAUUUAUGAUGAUGUAUUUGAGAAUAUGCUUAGUGGAUAUCUGCAUGAAAUAGCUCCUGAUCACGAAUUUGACAUUUUUAAGGAAGAUUUCGAAAAAGCAGCAACAAAAGCAGCGAGUGUAAGACUUGGAAAGGUCAAAAGACAUUUUGAUCUCGUUCAUAUUGUUAAUCACGAUGUUCCUCCAUUAGGUUGGGAGCCUCCAUCGAAUAUUAGUGAAGAAAGUAGAACAAAAAAGACUACAAAACCAGGUGAUUUCACAAUGUUUGAUAUGUUCAAGACUGAUCAGAACUUCAUUGAGAAUUCAAGGAAGCUUUACCAGAAAAAGUAUUAA